AACAGGAGAUUCAUAAGCCUCUUACACUAAUGCACUUGCUGCUGAGGGAGCACAUGUCUGUUCGUGCAGACCUAUGGAAAAACGCUUGGGAAUUUAAUAGCCAUAUUAGAAAAAUGUCAACCGCAUAUAGGAGUGCAUAGAUGGAAAAGCAUUUGGUGAGAUGAUGUUUGAAAUUAAUUAAGUUAUUUGACUGUUUUUAGGCGUGUGUCUAUCCUGCCUUUGAAAUGUCAAGGGACAUCGUUGCAGUUUGGGAGGUAGACUUAAGUGAUGGGGUUUACCGGAUUGAAUUUGAACAUGGAACCACAACAGGAAAACGUGUUAUCCACAUCAAUGGAAAGGAAGUGAUAAGGAAAGACUGGCUGUUCAAACUGGUGGGCAAGGAGACCUUCAGCGUAGGAGUCCUGGAGACUAAAGCCACCAUAAACAUAGAGGCUAUGGGGGGCUUUGCUUAUCAGUACUCUUUAGAUAUCAGUGGAAAGAAUUUCCAGACAUUCAUGGAUAAUCGCUCCAAAAUCAGCAAAACCUGGACCCUGAAGCUGGAUGGGAUAGACUACAGGAUAGUACUGGAGAAAGAUACCAUGGAUGUUUGGUGCAAUGGACAGACUAUGGAGACAAUGGGGGAAUUUGCAGAAGAUGGUACAGAAACACACUUUGUGGUGGCAACCCAUAACUGCUGUAUUAAGGCCCUUAGUAGCGGAAGAAGGAGGAGCGGCUUAAUACAUGUACUUCUGGUGGAUGGAGAUGGUGUACCUGAGUUCAUGCAGUGAGCAGGACUCUAAAUGGAACUACACUCAGAAAUCGGCAGUGGGCAGAGUCGGAGCAGUUUUUGUGCAUGGAGCUCAGCUGACUGAUGGACGGUCAGCAGAAGACAGACUUUGACGGGCCAGGAGGAUAUGCAUGGUGUCUGCUGCUUGUAAUCUGUCAACAUGUUUUCAAACUGCAAGUUAUGAUUGGUUGAGCUGAGGGUGUAGAUGGUUGGCCUUCAAAUUGCAUCUGUUCAGUUUGGAUGAGCAGUCUGCAGCAUUGUUGACUGCUUGGUGUACAUGGAGUCGCCUAAUAAUAGUAAAACUAAGAGUGGUCCAUUUGCAUUUUUCUCAGUUAUGAAAUUAUUGACUAUACUAUCGUGAGUUAAUGUAUGUAUUUGGACAUAGUGAUUGCGUUACAGUCUGCCUUAAAUGCAUACCUUGUGAGUAUCUCCACUGUUCUGUAGAGUGGGUGGGUUAUCAUGUACCAUUUAUGCACGAGCACGCAAUAAACACCGUAAUUACCGCA